GUGAAAAUGGACCUGAAUAUGGAAACGAGGAUGAAGGAGAUUUUUCACCAACUGAAUCUGAAUUUGUGAGAAAUAUAAAAAAUGUUCACAAAUACAUUGAUAUGGAUGAAUCUGGUUAUAAUAAUGUAAUUG